AUGGGUCAACGUGGCAGUGGAUAUGAGACGGCACAAGCACAAGCACAACCAGUCAGGUCAAGUUAUGCUCGCACUGAAACAGCCAUGAACAGCGCUAUUUCGUCCGGCUUUGGUCUAACCACUGCAAGUCCAGAUUUCCUUCCAUCCCUCCCACACACCAUCUGCUGGAACACAAAAACGAUACGGCCUCUUGGGGGCGCAAUUACUACCUGCCUACAAGGUACAACAGCGCUCGGUGCUCACUGUAAAUGUCAACACGCUCGUCCCGUUCCCAAUACGACUGACUCGACGAUCCCACAUCAAAGCUCGCUUUAUCCACCAUGCUAUACGGAUAAGAAACCAAACGGUCCCCGUUCUCAGGGCAGAGAUUAA